AUGGAUGGUAUCGAUAAGGUGCUUAGUGGCACUGUGCCUGACGGGGCGUGGUCUUCAGGGCUAAAAUCCAUGCUCAUCUGGCUAGUCAUCAGCCGGGGCCAUGCAUGCCUGUCAAGGGCGAGGGGGCCCACUCCCAUCGAUCAGUUUAUCUUGCAAAAUGCUCAACAGCGCCAGCACUGGCGACCCAACAUUCUUGAGAGAGCCGAGAAUUAG